AUGUCAAGUCUAUUUCUUUUUACUCAUACACAAACAAAGGAUGGUCGUUCACAAUCCCAAAUCCAGUCGGAUGUUCACGAAAAACUCAAGGAGAUAUCCGAAAAGAUUAAGCGCGAUGGAAUUUCUCUUCCUGAGAUACUUCGACCCCUUACACAAUGCGCGGUGGCGGAUUGCGUCAUAGGUCCAUCUCACAUUGCAAUGAGGCUUGAGGUAUUGCUGUUUUUCUCUUAUUUCCAAGGAUGGCCGCGUUUGCAGGAUUGGCGUGGUAAACUUGGUGACUCUCGGACUGGUGGUUCCGCUUCACUGCGAGAUGGCUCUUCCGCCGCUGUGCGUGGUUCUUCGGGGGGGCCAUGUGCUCGCUCAAUUCGUUCACCACUAAAUCUUCUAAGCCGUAGUUCACGAGGAAUAAAUUUACCGAGAGAAAUGCAACGUCAAGGGAUUUGUCUUUCAAGACCUCUAGCGUCAAGAAUUCCUGCCAGCGAAGUUCCAGAAUCAUUUAUUGAACAGUGUCAAACAGUAUUACAGGGUAAAUCGCGCCAGCUCAUUAUACGCGAGUUACAACGCACUAAUCUUGAUGUCAACAUGACUGUGAAUAAUCUUCUUUCAAUGGAUGACGAAGCGGAUCAAAGUGGAGGUAACGCUGGAGGGGCAGGAACAGGAUCUGGUGGUGCGAAUAGUGCUGAUGAUUGGGAAGAUGAUACUGAGGAUCUCUUGUCCUUACUUGAGCAUCCUGAGGGACACUUUUUAUUUGAACCAGAUAGUCUUGUGGGCGAAGAAUUCUUCGGGCCAGUUCGCUAUCGUACCGAUAUUUCACAGGAUUAUGAUUAUUCAUUCGUCAGUGAUCGUCGGAAACGGCGACGUCUGGAUACUCAUCUUUAUUUGCGUGGCUCUGAAAUUUAUACUAACAGAUCUAGUGUUACCGGUGGAGCAGGAAUUGGAGAAUCUUCUGGUCGCUCAAAUGUUCUUGACCCUCUGCAUCCUCUGAACUUCCACGUAGUUGCUUAUUUUCGUUUUAAUUAA